AGGUAGCAGCGGACGGCGGCUAGCCAUGCUAACGAGCGACGGCUAGUUAGUUAGCUCAGCUAGCUAGCUGCCGAUGGGAUGUGUCCGUCCGAUGGAGCUGAGGUGUCGCGCGGCAUUCCAAAGAUGAAGAGCCGGGUGUUUUUGUGCCUCUGUCUGCAGGAGGAGGAACAUGGAAGCCGAAGAAGAAGAGUGGAACAACAAAGACCCGGAUGUACACGAGCCGCUGGAUAAAAAGGUGCUCUGCAGGCAGAAUGGACGGAUCGGUGUAGUGAGAACUCUCCACAGCCUGUUGAAAACCUCCCAGAACACUCUGCAGAUUCAGUGCAUCGCCCGCUCACAAUGUGCUGGCUCCUGUCCAAACCUGAUGAUGAGUAGGAGCGAUCACGCAGAUGUUCGGCCCCUCCCCGUGGCCCUCACCCCCCAGCUGCCCCCCCGAGCUCACCGGCCCCUCUGCAUGUCGGUCUCCUCCGACAGCAGCGGACGCUUCAGAGCUCUGGAGACGCAGGAGUGGAAGAACAACCUCAAAGCUCAGAUGGAGCAGGCCCACAGUGCAGGAGCAGCCAGCAGCACCGGAUCUCUGGAGCGAGCGUCUCUGUUCUGCGCCUCGGUCUCCAGCACGGCGUCCAGCCCGGUGGAGAUCCUCAACAAGAGCAAGUCCUCCAGCCGCUUCUCUCUCUUCUCUCCGCCGUGGAACAGCAGCUCCGAGUCGGACUCCAACCCCCCGUCCCGCUCGGGCUCCAAGAAGCUGCGCAACUACAGCCGGAGAGCCGCCACGGGGCCGGCGGGCGCCAGGGGCCCCGACACGCCGGAGCCCAAACCGGGUGGCCCUGAACACUUCCAGUACUCCGAACCCGUCAUCUCCAAGGUGACGGACUACAUCUACGUCGGGAACCUGAACGCGGCGUACAACGGGCGCACCCUGUGCCGCAACAACAUCGACGGCAUCAUCGACAUGAGCAGCGUGCCGGGAGAGCCGGGCCCCAGCCUCAACCUCGUACCGUGCACCUGCUCGCGCGGCGCCCGCCACAGCUGGUCCCGCCUCAAGGUGGACAUCGGAGACGUGCCGGAGCUGAAGCAGCGCUGCUUCGAGGACAUCAACGAGUGCAUCGACGCCUCCACCGAGAAGAGGAAGCGCGUCCUGGUGCACUGUCGAGACGGCUUCUCUCUGGCGCCGACGUGCAUCAUCCAGUACCUGAUGGUGAAACAGAACAUGAGGCUGAUCGCCGCCUACGAGCUGCUGAGGGCCAAGUACCCGGUGAACAUCAGGGAGUGCCACCAGAACGUGCUGGUGAGCCUGGAGAGGGCGCUGCGGCCCGGAGGCAACACCGACCCCGAGUGCUUCAAACAGGCUAUUUCACGCAAGGUGGCGUGGACCUGACUCUGAGACUCUGAGGCUCUGAGGCUCUGAGACUGAGACUCUGACUCUGAGACUCUGAGACUC